AUGAAACCGCACGAGGAAUGGGUCGAUGGGUCUUGGACUGUAGAUUGCGUUUGCGGUGUGAGUUUCGACGAUGGUAAAGAGAUGGUGAACUGUGAUGAAUGUGGCGUUUGGGUUCACACAUGGUGCUCUCGUUACGUUAAAGGAGAUGAUCUCUUUGCUUGUCACAAUUGCAAGAUCAAAAUCAACAAGUUAUUGGUUACAGAGACGUUGAAUCAAGGCCGUACCUUUACGGAGGUUCCAGUUGAAGAAAGGGUUCAUGUUCAAGGAGUGCCAGGUGGAGAUUUGGCUCUCUUUGAAGGUUUCUCGUCGGUUUUCUCUAGUCAGCUGUGGAAAUGUACAGGUUACGUGCCUAAGAAGUUUAGGUUUCAGUGUAGAGAGUUUCCUUGUUGGGAUGAUCAGGAGGGAAGUGUUGGAGGUCAAGGAGAUGGAUGUGAUGGAGUUUUGUUAUCUAUGUUGAAAGAAAAUGAUGUAGCUGGUCCUAUUGAUGAUGUGGUUGGCAACAAUGACGUGAAGCUAGACAGAAGAGGUAGUUCUGGUCCUAGAUGA